UCUUAUCUUUUGUUUACCCUUGAUACGGACGCUUUGCAUGGAACACAUUUUUAGAUCUAGACUAGAAUUGACUACAAGAAAUCUAACUAAGGCUUGGAUCUCAAAAUGUAAACAAAUCUAAGUUAAUGGGUUGAAAAAUAUCAGCAAUAUAAACAAAUUAAUCCAUCAAUCUGUAUGAUGUCUAAUGAAGCUGAAGUUGAAAAUCAGCCUCCAUUAGCUGUUGCCAGAGAAGAACAAGAAGCACUUCCUGGUCCACUAGGAGCUGUUUAUGCAAAUGGAAUUAGAAAUUAUUUAUAUAAAACUGGAAUUGAGAAGCAGUUUCACACUAUUCUGCAUACCCUAUUUAGCAGAGAUGAGCUACCCUAUAACCCGUUUCCUGGAAUAGCUACUCGACUUAGGCCCUAUAUGGAAAAAUUUCUCAAUGAUAAAGAAAAAGAUGAUAAAAUAGAAUUUACCUUGACUGUUCCCCUCAAAGAAACUAGACUUUUAGACUUGUUCACUACUCAAGAAGGUGGACCUAUCUGGGGUCUUAGAAGUAUUCUCAGAGUGGUGGAUACCUCAGUCAUUAACAGAUAUAGAUGGUUAUCUGACAACAUAACACCUUCAUAUAAUGAUCUCUACCAAAAGGAAGAAUAUUCAAAUCAAGUAAUGAUAGCUCUAGUAGGGGCUGCCAUCUUUCAUGGCUCAUUCUAUAGACAGGUUCACAUUGCUCAGUACAGGUUGGAGUUUUUCAUAACAGGAAAACUUAUGUCUGAGGCUAUUUCCAUCUUUGUGAACAGUGUUAUCAUGGAUAUUGACAAUCUUAUUGAAAGUAAACAUCAUAUUCUUAUAGGUCUAAAUAUACCAGUGCAAACUAACACAGAAACAGAGAAACUCUGGCUCCUGGAAUUUUGGGACCCAGAAUUUAUUUUAGCUCACAAAGGAGAGUUGUUACAGAAAAUCUGUGAUGCAGUGCUAGGAAAUAAAUACAUUAUAGCUGAGUGUGUGUUUAGAAUGGAUCCAGUCAAACCAGUGUACAUUCAAGGUCAGAAACAAUACACAUUAACAUUUAUGAAGAUAUCUGAGGAUCAAAAAGAAGAAGGGUUAUCCAACUUUGCUGAAUUCCCCAUGGCUUCUCUUCAUGAAGGUGUCUUUCUCAAUCAGACUCAUGCUGAAAGUUAUAUGUCAAUCUUCAGCUCUCAACUAAAUAUGAUAGAUUAUGCUAAUGUCAGGAGAGCCUCUGCUAAGCCCUCACAAGGUCCAGCAGGAAUAACUAACAGAAAAAUGUCAGCCAUGAUAGAAGAUGACUUUCACUACAUUCAUCGCCAUGUUCAUCAGCGGUUACAACAUGAAAAACCCAGGAAAGCUCUUAUUGAUGGCUUUAGAUUAGGAGAUGAUCCAGGAUCAGGAGCAUUUGCCUGGCAGAUAACAAGUCCAAUUAAAUCCAAUUUACAGAAGCGUAUUGUAACCUUUGACCCAUGGGCUCAACUGUUUGACAUUGCCUAUCAUCUUAUACUUUUGAUCUUAAUGGAAAGAAAAACUACUGAUACAGCUCUUCUAAUAGAAUUAUACAAGCUUUGCAAUGGAACAGCAGGGAGACUUCAUAUGUUAGGAGAGAAAAAUAAAGCUGUCAGGGCUCUCAUAAGAGGAUUUAUACAGAGAUUGGAUGGUCAUAAAGUCAGACAAUUUUUACAAGAAUAUAAAAAUGAAAUUGAUGAACUGCUUGCUAUGAGCUUACAUGAGCGUAGCUCUGACCUUAGAGCUGUAGGUAAAACUUUGUCUUCCCAGGUGAAUGAGUUGAUGAAUGUCAGUGACAAAGAACUGAGCUCAGAACCUCAUCUUACCUUGACUAUGCUGACCUUGCGUGACCAGCAGAGCUUUAUUUUAACAAGUCUGAUGCGUCUCUCUGAAGAUGCUUUACACUGGUGUCCUCUUAUAAAGGCUCAAAUUGAAGAGUUGCAUACAAAAUUUCCAGAAGCCAUUUUUAAACCACGUUCUCACACAAGAAAUCCCCAAGUUGCUGGUCAAAGAGACAGCAUAGCCAAAGAAACUAUAAUGAAACAUGGUUUUGAAGAUGAGAACAUAAUGAAACAUGAAUAUUCUACCAUUGUUGUAUCAAAAUGUAUGGAAAAAGACACAGCUCCUAAAAUAAUGUCAAAGGAAUCUGUUUUAAUGAAGUAUAUUGUGGACACUCAUUUGGAUGAAAUGUGGGAGAAAUAUUUAGAAGAAAUAUUUGAAGAGAACAAACCUCCUGCAAAUCCUUAUCCCAGUUUUAUUACAUUUUGUAGAGCUUGUGCUAUGAGGAUGGACUUAUGUUUUGAGCAAGAAUCAGUUUUGCUUGACCGCCUAUUAACAAAGACUGCACAAUUAAUUGACCAAGAAAAUUUUAUUUAUCAACUUCCUGGUUGUGAUGGAUGUGGACCAGCUACUGCCAUAGCUUUAUUAGAUCCAGGUGGUUAUCUCCCUGUAAUUCAAUGCAUCCAAGAAAAUCUGAUAAACAAGUCUUAUUUACAGCGCAAAGGACCUUAUAAGAUUGGUAUCUGCCUGGGACUGACAGGGCCUUCAGCUCUCUAUGGCAAAAUGUCCCCCUACUUGACACAGCUUGACCUAGAUGAGCACUAUUAUAUUCAGGGUCCUAGUGGCUGUGAGACAGAUGCAGCACAGCUCUUUGCUGUUAUGGUUCAAAAACAUAUUUGGGAAAUUGUUACUGACAACAAAGUUCCUAUCCUUGGUGUUUUUCUUGGCAAAGACAGAACUCGCUGGUCUUGGGAACAAGUUAUAAAUAAAAAAAUGGGUUUUUUCAAUGAGGUUGAGAUGGUAGUGUUGAGGAAGGAGCCUGUCUAUCUUAAGUGUUAUUUUAUGAUGGAUGGUUGGAGAUAUGUACCUGUCGUAAAACAGUUUCUUUUACAUUACAUGCAAGGAGAGGGAGACCUUGAAAAUCAACUGUUUUAUCAGGAUGACCCCAUUCAAUUUUAUACAACUGUCUUCUCUACUCCAGAAAGAGCUGCCUUUCAUUAUCAAAAUGGUGGGCCAAUCAGGGGAGGAAAUCCAUUAAGCUCAUCUAACAUGAAAUCAGUGAUAAUGUUUUUGGAUGAAAAAUUGAUGAAACUUCGGGAUAUGUCGGAUUUUAUGGAAGUUCAUAGACUUUUGCUAUACAGAUCUCUUAUAUCUGAUAAUACUGACCACAUAGCAGAAGCUUGGCACAUGUUUCACAGCAUAGCUGGUCAAGCAGACUAUGCUGCCACUUUGGCACAAUCCUUAGCAGAAUUGGUGGAAUUUGAAAUGGAAUUUUCAAAGUUUCUUUUAGUGGAGAGGUCAGAUGCUGAAGGAUCUCAUCAAGAUAGUAAAACUGAAGAUGGUCCAUUAAAUUUUGGAGCUUUAAAUGCCAUGUUGAGAGCUCUCAUAGAAAAAGCUGAUAUUGUUGCUGGCUGGAAGGUCUCAAUGGCAGCUUCGAGUAUGCCAGAAUUCAUCAAAUCUAAGAUCAACAGUGUUACAGAGACAGACUCUAGAACAGGGAACAUUUAUCCAAUCAUCAAUGAAACUACAGUAGAAGUGAUGGAAGAACUUCAGAAUAUGCUUCUCAGCAUUAAAACAAGCUCCAGCUGUGAUGUUCACAACAUGAGUGACAAUGCUUUAAUUACAUUUCUAGAGAUUGAGAAAAAUGAGCAUCAACGCCCUGUAAGUGUUGAAUCACAACUUCUCAAUGACCAUCAGUUGUUUCUACACAGGCCACGAGCAGGGCAGAAUAUUUUAGAGGAUGAUCUUUUGUAUCGACCUAGGCCACAGCAAAUGUUUAAACCCAAAGUAGAAUUUUAGCACAUUUUUCUGAAAUAAAAAUGAACUAUUGUAAGUAUAUAUACAUAAGUUUAUAAACAUCAACACAUACAGUUUGAGCCAUGGAUAAUUAACUUAAGAUUUUAUUUGUUAACAAAUAUUUUUCUGCUAUAAUUUCAACAAUUAUUAAUUAAAUCAAUUUAACACAUUUUUUAAAAUACCUUUACUAAGUGAGGUAGAAUGGCUUAAAGUUUGAAUCUAUGAAUUUGAAAUUCUUUUAUCUCAUCUUAGACAAAUAAAUUACAUUGGACUGCAAUUACUGAUUAUAUCAUUAAAAUUAGGCCGCAAAGAUUACGAUUGCUUAAAAAAUAUCCUCAUUUAAUGUUAGCAAAAAGGCCUAGUCAUGUUUAUCACGCUCACAUCUGCAGUAUUUUAAGUUUUAAUAUCACUGCCUGGUGUCGCAAUCUGAACAUUAAUAAAAAAAAUAUUUAUUUAAAAAAAACAAAGCUUAUAUGAAGUGAAGUUGUAUCAAUAAGUUUGGAGCAGUCAUGUAAUUACAUUUGUAAUAGAUCUAGACCAACAACAAUAAAUCUGUAUGAUUAAUAAUAUUUUUACCAAUUGUUUUUGUUUAGCGCUAUUUCAUGCUUUUAGCUUUGCCAAUACGCUGUGAUCCUAUCACUUAUCUGGACCAGUUGGGAAAAAGAAAGGGAUUGGAGAUCUGGGUGGAUUUUACCAUAAUUGGUUUUUAAAAGCAUUAACAAAAAAAAAAAAGGGUGAACGACCUGAAUUCAGUCAUGGCUCAUGCCUCCUCUGGCCGAUGUGUUCACCACUCUGCUAGUGAGCUACUUAUGACUAGAGAAGAUUGUAGAGUUAGAUAUUGUUUCAAUUUAUGUAGAGUUAUAGAUUGUUUCAAUUUAGAGCGGAAACCUAUAAAUCCUAAAUGUUGCUAGCAAAAAGCAAACCCCAUUUGAGCAACUGUUUGAGAAAAACAUUCAUAAGAAAGCUAAGAUUUUAGAAAUAAAAAAUUCCCUUUGGGUCAAGAUUUUGUGAUUUUACCAUCACAAAAGAUACAAGACACUGAUAGCAUAGACAAACAGACACAAAAACUCUUUUGUUCCCCUGCAUGCAAUCAAAUCAUUAAAUACAAUUCAACUAUCUGAUAUAAACUUUCACAUGUAAAUUUUGAGUGAGUCUGGUGUGAAUGUAAAUUUUGGUUUUCUAUAGUUAUAAUGUUUUGUUUGAUGUAAUGCACAAAUCCUCAUGGAUCAUAAAUAUUAUUACCGUAUUAUAUGUUAUCUAGGUGAGGUAGAAUGGCUUGAGGCUUGAAUCUAUGUCUAGGAAACUCUUUUAUCUCAUCUAUUUAAUUAUUAUUCAAAGACUUAUAAUACUUAUUAGUGUUAUAUAUAUAUAUAUAUUUUAAUUUUAUGUUUGAAUCUAACAUAGGUAAGUUAUUUUGAACAAGAUAUAAACAUUAAUUAGAAAUUAGAAAACCAUGAGAUGUAAAAUAGAUCAUAAAUAUAUAUAAGAGAAAUAUGGCAAAUGUUAACAAGUUUAAAUCUAAAAGUUAUAUAUAUAUAAUUAUAUAUAAUUGAAAUUUGUCCAAACAAAUGGAAAUUCCAUUUGACUGUAUUAUCCACCUCAGCAUUACUACUAUACCAAUAUAUGAACAACAUUCACACACACAGACACACACAACCAGUGAUGAAGGAUGACCUUCCAACACUCUGACUGAAAGUGGGAUAAAGUUUUUAAAUCUUUUUGUUUUUUCCCUAAAAGAAAGGAGAUGACCACUUCGUCCAGAUCUGAUGUAACAGUGGUUUAAUGGUACAGAUUAUCUUUAAGAAUUAUGUGUUUUCGAAAGGCAUCUUUAGUGAACAAAGUCUUCAAGAGAUGGUAGCUGUGUUUGAAUGAUAUACGAUUCUUUUUUAAUUAGUUUAUUUACUGUGUUUGAGUUAUAUACAAUGCUUUUUAAUUACUUUAUUUAGUCUAUAUGUCUUUGUGCCAGUGAAGUAUUACCAUGCUAGCAGGUGAAUGUUACUGUACAGAAAAGUUUAAUUAUUGUUUUGUUGAUUACAAUUUUUUUUUUAGCUUUCUGAGAUAGAAGAGUCAUUGAUGAAUUUUUGUGUAAAGAUUUUGACAGUGUUCACUCCAGCUUGAUGUUGAUGGUUGCACCUAGGUAUUUCUAUUCUUACACUUGCUCUAUGGUUUGGUUGUUGAUCUGAAUUUCUUCAUGAUGGCCUUUAUGUUUCCUAAAAUCUACAAUCAUUUCUUUAGUUUUCUAAACAUUUAAAAUUAGAAAGUUGUUUAUACACUAUUGGUAAAGAGUUAAUUGUAGAAUGGUACAAAUUGUCGUCACCUGCAAUAAGGCUGAUGAUGACUGUGUCAUCAACAAAUUUGUGGAUGUGGAUAUCAACUGAUGUCUCCAGUCAUUGGUGUAAAUGGUAUUCAGUACUGCUGAAAGAAUGCACCCCUGCAGUGCUCACAUCUCUAGUGCCUGACACAUGCCUGUUCACUUUUGCAUAUUGUAGGCAUUUAAUCAGAAAGUUUAGAACCCAAGUUUGCAUGUAUUUGCUAACAUUCACGUCAAUGGCAAAUGUUUACAAGUUUAAAACUGAAAGUGCAAAAGCUUUUUUUUUUUUUUUUUUUUUUUCAAUUUCAACCAAAUCCUCUGUUAAAAAAAAAGUAAUUAAAGAGCUUGACUGCUGCAAUAAGAGUUUGAAAUAUGAUUCCUCCAGACCAUUUUACAGUGGAGUUAAAUAAAAUUUUAUUUCCAGUGGAUUAAUUAUUUGUUUCAUAACAAUAAUAAUCUUGAUUACUCUUGAGGAAGUUUUUCUUUCAAUUAAACAAUAUUACACAUAAUACAUUCUCUUAGAGCUAAUUCAUUAUACAAGAGCAUACAAAUUAUAAGUUCAAUCCAAUUUUACUUAAAAAAAAUUACAUGCAAAAUUUGUGUACAUAUAAGCAUAAGAUUAUAUUUAAUUAUUUAAUUCUUAAGUGAGGGAAAGAAUUUUUGUGUCUUGUUUUCAGUAAUCAGUGUCUUGUAAUGUUAACAUCGUGAUCCAGAGGAUGCUAUAAUAUAUGUGAUCCAGAGGAUGUUAUUAUGUAAUCCAGAGGGUGUUAUUAUGUUUUAAACUUUAUAACUUUUUAAAUUAUGUAAUUAGCAAUGUGAAAGACAUUUUUUUGAAUGUUGGUUCAUAACUAGCAACAAGUUGUAAUCAAGAUUGAUAUUUUGAUUUCAAUAUGUUGCUUGCUUUGCAAAGUGACACAAUUUUUUCAUUGUAACUUUCAGUUCAAAUACAAAUUGGAUGAAACAGUUAUUAAUAAAAUAUUAGACAUUU